CACGCCCGCCCAGCAGCUCCUCCCACUGCCUCCGCCCUUCACACUCGGGCCCCAGCGUCGUCCUCCCCCCACACUGACUUCGCUCCCGCAGCCAUCCAGACAGACACUCUUCCCGCUCUCGCCUAGGUCUGCACCGCCACUGCCGCCCUUGCCGCCCCGCUUAGCCCGGGCUCUGCUACGUCAGGCCGCGCAUCUCUGGCCAGGUCCGCCGCUGCCGCCGCCGCCGCCGCCGAGCCUCAGACUGAAGUCUGGGAGCCCGCGAUCGCACCAGCUUCUUGGUCUUAGAGAUCCUGAGCUCUCGGCUGACGCGGAAGCGCAGCCAUCCCCACCACCGCCGCCACGGCCAACACGGGUGCCACGCGCCGCCACCGCCGCCGGGCCGCCGCCGCAGCCGCUGCCGCUGCCGCCGCCGCCGCCGCGGAUCGCCCGCCGCCCACCAUGGCCCAGCAGCAAACAGGUAGCAGGAAACGGAAAGCGCCCGCGGUCGAGGCGGGCGCCGGGAGCUCGUCCUCGCAGGGCUUAGCGGCGGCGGACGGAGAGGGGCCUCUGCUACCCAAGAAGCAGAAGCGGCCGGCGACGCGUCGCAGGCUGGUGCACUAUCUGAAGGGCCGGGAGGUAGGAGCGAGGGGCCCCGCCGGGCUCCAGGGCUUUGAGGGCGAGCUUCGGGGCUACGCGGUACAGAGGCUGCCCGAGCUGCUGACAGAGCGCCAGCUGGACCUGGGCACCCUCAACAAGGUGUUCGCGUCACAGUGGCUGAACGCCAGGCAGGUGGUGUGCGGCACCAAGUGUAACACGCUCUUCGUGGUGGACGUGCAGUCAGGCCACAUCACGCGCAUCCCCCUCAUGCGGGACAAGGAGGCCGGGCUGGCCCAGGCCCAACAGGGCUGCGGCAUCCAUGCCAUCGAGCUGAAUCCCUCCAAGACGCUUCUGGCCACCGGCGGCGAAAACCCCAACAGCCUGGCCAUCUACCAGCUGCCCACCCUGGACCCCCUGUGCCUGGGCGACCGCCAUGGCCACAAGGACUGGAUCUUCGCCGUUGCCUGGCUGAGUGACACCGUAGCCGUGAGCGGCUCCCGCGACGGCACUGUGGCGCUGUGGCGGAUGGACCCGGACAUGUUCAAUGGCAGCAUUGCCUGGCACAGCGAGGUGGGUCUCCCCGUAUAUGCCCACAUCCGUCCGAAGGAUGUGGAGGCCAUACCCAGGGCCAGCACCAACCCCAGUAACCGCAAGGUGCGGGCCCUGGCCUUCAGCGGCAAGAACCAGGAGCUGGGAGCGGUGUCCUUAGACGGCUACUUCCACCUGUGGAAAGCCAGGAGCACACUAUCCAGGCUCCUGUCCAUCAGGCUGCCCUACUGCCGAGAGAAUGUGUGCCUGACCUACUGCGAUGAGUUGUCCCUCUACGCUGUGGGCUCCCAGUCCCACGUCUCCUUCCUGGAUCCGCGCCAGCGCCAGCAGAACAUCCGGCCCCUGUGCUCUCGAGAAGGUGGCACAGGCGUGCGGUCUCUGAGCUUCUACCAGCACAUCAUCACUGUGGGCACCGGCCAUGGCUCCCUGCUCUUCUAUGACAUCCGGGCCCAGAAGUUCCUGGAGGAGAGAGCCUCUGCCAGUCUGGACUCUACGCCGGGGCCCGCAGGGAGGAAGCUCAAGCUUGCCUGUGGCAGAGGCUGGCUCAACCAGGAUGACGUCUGGGUGAACUACUUUGGUGGCAUGGAAGAGUUCCCCAAUGCGCUCUACACCCACUGCUACAACUGGCCCGAGAUGAAGCUCUUUGUGGCUGGGGGGCCUCUCCCUUCAGGACUCCAUGGGAACUACGCAGGCCUCUGGAGUUAAGGAUGAACGCCUUGUUCUCAAAGUGCACAGGUGGAACCAGUCCAACUUACGUGUGCUUCGUGUAUUAGGCAGAUAAAGAGAGAGCGGGAGCAAGCCAGUGGGAGUGAGAGAGCACAAGUGGUCUUUUCGACAGUCAAAACUUUGGCUUUAAAUCUCUCAUUCACGUUUCCCAACAGCAGUAUAUUUUUGCCUUCUCAUUCAAAGAGUUUUGGCUAAAUCUUAAUUGUAUUCUGUCUUUCAGUGAUUCACAUACCCUCCUUCUUUAGGUUGAUGCAGUCUUUACUACUAUUCAGUACAUUAGUUUUAUCAAUAUUGCAAUAGUGUUCAGAUCUUUUGCACAUGUUAGAUGUGUGGUGUUUUGGGGAAAUGUGUGCUACAAAGCAUCUUUGGGGUUGUUUUGAGGAACAUCAUUUAUAGCCUUACUCUAAUUAGAAAAUGCAGUUCAGGUUCUAGAUUGCCACCAUUCUAGUGUCGUACACACCAUUCUGCAGUGUGAUUCAUUUGGAUAUUGGAAACUGAAUGUCUAUUGUUUGUAUAUUGUUGAUGUGUAAAAUGCUUUAAAAAUAUGUUCUCUUAGUUAGAAAUCUUACAAUGUUGUUCAUACUAUUAAUCAACAAUUUUGGUUAUUCAGUAAAACUUUACUAUCCUCAGGCCUUCCGUGUUCUUAUUUAAAGCCGCUGUAUUAUGGCCUGCUUUUCUAUGCUACAGAUUUUCAGAACUAAUCAAUUCUGGUCUAUGUAUGUGGUAGGGCAAUCAAGGAGGUAUUUUUUGGGGUAUAUGGGGUAAACAUCUCUUUAAAUUCAGGUAGUUAUUUACAGUGAAAAGCCAGUUGUGGCAGUUGUGCUCAGAGUAGGUGUUGCUGAUUUUUUAUUACUGUAUACAUGGAUAAUUCUGUAUCCAGUAUGUGAUGUGUUGCAGAAAAAUAAAUAAAAUGUGUUCAUCAUCUUAGCAAUUAA